CCGUGCGCCGGAGCUUGUGGCGUCAAUGCGUCCGCCGUGUCCAUGGAGAGAGGCUGAGGUGGCCGAGCUCCGGCCCGAGGCAUCGGGGCGCCGGGACGGCGAGGAUGUCGGCUUCGUUAGUCCGGGCCACUGUCCGGGCUGUGAGCAAGAGGAAGCUGCAGCCCACCCGGGCCGCCCUCACCUUGACACCUUCAGCAGUAAACAAGAUAAAACAGCUUCUUAAAGAUAAGCCUGAACACGUUGGUGUGAAAGUUGGUGUCCGAACCAGGGGUUGUAAUGGCCUUUCCUACACUCUGGAAUAUACAAAGACAAAAGGAGACUCUGAUGAAGAAGUUGUUCAAGAUGGAGUCAGAGUGUUCAUCGAGAAGAAAGCACAGCUAACACUUUUAGGAACAGAAAUGGACUAUGUUGAAGACAAAUUAUCCAGUGAGUUUGUGUUCAAUAACCCAAACAUCAAAGGAACGUGUGGCUGUGGAGAAAGCUUUAAUAUUUGACUCCUCAGGACUACUCGGGCUGUAGGCCCCAGGAGAGCUGUGGAAGCUCUAGGGCUUAUUGAAGAAGUCAUAGGACUGUCACAUGCUUAAGGUUUGUAAUGUAUGGCUGCCUUACAAGGAAAAUAAACUGAUGCAUUUGAAAAUGAAGCCAGUGUGUUAGAUUCCAGAAGAAUUGAUACUUGUGUUCUUUAUAGGGGACAGAAAAUGAGAAUCUAUUGCUCUCUUUGUGUCGUCUUUCUGAUCUGUAAAGAAAAAAAGUUUUACCUUGCAAUUAACUUCUCCUUCCUGCAUCCUUUCUGUUAGAACUAGUUUCAUGGAAGUUGCCUUCCUGGGGGGAUUUCAGAAAACAUGUUCUUAAUAGGUGUAGAUUGGUAGAUCUUUUGAAAGGAUUGAACGUACAUCUCCCAACAAGAUGGAUGGCGUUUAACAUUCAGAGGCAGGAAGUCUUGACUGCUGGUGUGGUGUGGUGCUGCAUUGUUUUUCUACCCAAACUGGACACAGCGUUUCUACAUUUUUAUCUAAAACUUCAUUGUCAGAUGCCUCAUUUGCUUACCCUGCAGCAUCCCCAGCCAUUAGAGUACUGGACAAAGAUUUCCUUGAACUGUAGUGCAGAAUAGUUCUGAGUGACGGGAUCAAAAGGUAAAUACUUCACCCACCUGUUUUUAAGUCCAUUUCUUUUGCCCACCCUAAGCGUCUGCUCGGAUAUGGGAUCUCAAGCGGACUUAGAUCCUUUUCGUCAGAAGGUCUCUUAAAAGCCAUCUAGCCCAUCCCCUCAGUUCUAUACCCAGGGAAGCAAAACCCCAGGGAAGCUGAAGGGCUUUUGUCCCCCCUCACACUGCAGGCUGGGUAGGGGCAGAGCCGGGACCACCCACAUCUCCCCCUCUUGAAGGUGACACGCCAGCCCUGCGCUCCAAGGCAGUCAGUGAAGGUUAACGGGUGAUCUGGCUUCUUUAUCUGGUGAACAUUUGGAUAAGAUUUCUUUGUAAUUUGGAGAGCAUAUUUAGUUUUAUUUUAUUUGGGGUGAGAAGAAUCUUAUUUUAAAACCCAUUUAUGUGAAUUACCAUCUUGUUUCACCAGGACUGUGGAACAGUCGUUUAUACUAGCAGGGA